AUACUGAGUUAUUGUGAUGACCACUAGAGGGCAAGCUUAGGUUGUCUGUAAAUGCUUAAAAUAGCAGCAUAGAAGAAGUAGGGGUGCGCACCUGAAGCCACCCAUGAAUUGAUUGUGUGGACUGUUUGUUGACGUACGGCUAAGUAAAAUGUAACCUUGAACAGACCUUGUGUUUCCUCUCAAGUUAUUACAUCUUUUGGCGACGAGGAUAAACAAGGAGAAUACUAAGACGGAAGGAGGCGAAGAAACUGGAUCUCUAUGAGUUGGAACUUUGGAAAAGAAGAUGGCCACUAUGGUAGGAACAGUAACGCCAUUUGAUAGUCAAUCGCAGUCUUGGGAAGAAUAUUGCGAAAUUUUACAACACUUCUUCGAGGCAAAUGAAAUUACAGAAGCAACCAAGCAGAAAGCUAUAUUAUUAAGCUCUGUAGGAAGUCAAACAUACAGUCUUCUAAGAAAUUUGUUAAGUCCAGUUAAACCAGGAACGAAGACAUUUGCUGAAUUAGUAGAAUUACUGAAAGAGCAUUUCAAUCCAAAACCUAGUGAAAUUGUACAACGAUUUAAAUUCAAUUCAAGAUCAAGAGAAGAGGGGGAGGCUGUGCUUGAGUAUGUGGCAGUACUGAGAAAACUAGCUCAUGAUUGUAAUUAUGGAGAAAAACUGACAGAAAUGCUUCGGGACAGACUGGUAUGUGGCAUAAAUGAUGAUCGUAUUCAGCGCAGACUAUUGGCAGAAAUGGAUUUAACAUUUGAGAAAGCACUGAAAAUAGCCCAAGCAAUGGAAACAGCCAAUAAAGAUGUGAAAGAUUUACAAGCUUACCGUUCAGAAACAGCCGUUUCAAUGAGAGUGCACAAAACGUCGGUAACACAUGAUGAGGGUCAAAAGUGAGCAUGUUACAGAUGUGGAAGUUUGCAACAUUUGGCUAAUGAAUGUCGAUUUGCUGCUGAGAAAUGUCAUAAAUGUGGGAAGCAAGGACAUAUAAUGAAAGUAUGUAAAUCAAAAACUUCCUUUGGAGAAUUAAACUUCCAAGGGGGCGCAAGACGUAAGAGGGGAGGACAGAGAAUGCAUUAUGUGAGUAGAGAUGAGAAAAGUACAUUGGCAUCUGAUGAAGAAGGCAUUUAUACUGUGUACAGUUUGCAAGAAACAGAAAUUCCGAAAGUAGCUCCACUGACCAUCACGUUGGCUAUUAACGAAUCAAAUGUACCGUUUGAAGUGGAUACUGGCUGUAGUGUGACCAUAAUGAACAGCUCCAACUUUGUUAAAUUGUGGGAAAAAGAUGACAUUCCUGAAUUAAAGACAUGUUCUUUGAAUUUAAAAACCUAUACGGGCCAAGUUUUAACUGUGUUGGGCUCUACACAAGUUGAAGUUGCAUACAACAGCACAAUGAAAAAGUUACCAGUCAUAGUAGUACCCGGAACGGGGCCCAAUUUAUUGGGCAGAGGAUGGAUUAAAGAAUUAGGCAUAAAUUGGGAGGCACUACAUAGGAUUCAAGAGGUGGAAGAAUUAACUUUGCCUAAAGUCCUCAGUAAAUAUGCAGAGUUGUUUAAAGAUGAAUUGGGGGAGUUGAAGGGUCCACCGGCAACGAUUUAUGUGGAUAAGGAAGCAGUCCCACGGUUUUUUAAAGCCAGACCAGUCCCUUAUGCAAUGACGGCAAAGGUAGAAGCAGAAAUAGAAUGCUUAUUGAGAGAACACAUCAUAGAGCCUGUUAAACAUUCUGAAUGGGCUGCCCCUGUUGUACCCGUUCUAAAACCAGACAAUACCGUACGUCUAUGUGGUGACUACAAACUAACAGUGAACAGAGUUUCAAAGUUGGAACAGUAUCCUAUUCCUUGGAUAGAGGAUUUGUUUGCAACAUUGUCAGGUGGACAAAAAUUCACAAAUUUGGAUAUGAGCCAUGCUUAUCACCAGAUUGCAUUAGAUGCAGAGUCCAGAAAAUAUGUUACUGUGAAUACCCAUAAAGGGUUAUUUACUUACCGUGUUUUACCUUUUGGAGUCUCUUCCAGCCCCGCCAUCUUCCAGCGGACCAUUGAAGGAGUACUGCAAGGCCUUCCCCAUGUAGCAGUUUUCCUUGAUGAUAUCCUAAUAACUGGUCGGAAUGACAAAGAACAUCUCCAGAUCCUUGGAAAGGUGUUGGACAGAUUGCAGGAAGCCGGACUGCGAUUGAAGCGAAGUAAAUGUACCUUCAUGGAAAAAGAGGUGCAGUUCUUUCCCAUAAGAUGCCUGAUGGAAGUGAAAGACCUAUUGGAUUUAUGUCACGAACACUGAAUCAAGCGGAGCGGAUUUAUUCACAAUUGGACAAAGAAGGGUUGGCAGUAAUGUUCGGGUUGCAGCGUUUCCACAAGUAUUUGUAUGGUCGGAAGUUUACCAUUGUCACUGACCAUAAACCCUUAUUGUCUUUAUUUAACGAGUUAAAAGCUGUUCCCCAAAUGUCCUCUCCUAGAAUCCAGCGAUGGGCUGUGACCCUAAGGGCAUAUGAGUACAACAUCAUUUACAAGGCUGGCAAGGAUCAUGGCAAUGCAGAUGCUUUAAGUCGGCUACCAGUACCAAUGGAAUCUUCUACAGAGCAGGAAGAAAGAGUUCUAAUGCUGGAGAAUGCUGAUAUCACCUUGAUCACAGCCGAACAGGUGAGAGAAUGGACAAGGAAUGAUCCAAUAUUAUCCAGAGUGAGAGAAACAGUGCAUCAUGGAUGUUUGCAUGAAUUAAUAGGAACAGAGUUUGAUCCAUUCACAACAAGAAAAGAUGAAUUAAGUGUACAGGAUGGCUGUGUGCUCUGGGGGGCUCGAGUAAUCAUUCCUACCAUAGGUAGACCAGAAGUUCUGAAACAACUGCAUCAGUGCCAUCCAGGAGUGUCUAGGAUGAAAGCUUUAGCCAGAAGUUAUGUGUGGUGGCCCAAGUUAGAUCAGGAUGUGGAAAGGCUGGUUAAAA